UGGCGACAGACCCCAACUUGUUCGCUCUUCAUCAACGGUUUUUCAUUUAUUUGCCGCCACUUUUCAUUUGCAUCGCUGCAGCAGCGGUGUUCUCCCUUUACCCGCUCUGAGCUACAAGACGCACUGCAGAGACAAACAUCUGCUGCAGCGUCUUGCAUGCGCCCUUCAAACGCCACCAGCCUAGACCGCAGUCCCCCAGCAACACCAACGAUCUUCUCCAGCCAGCCUGGCCGCCGCUCACCACCAGUUUCUUUUGUCUACAGUCUGUACCGCGGCGAACCUGCAUCAAUUGCUGUCUGACCAGAGUAACAUUCUCUUGCGCUGUGGCACAACGCAGAGGAGGACCUCCUCAACAAGUCACGACAACGCUGUCUCAAAGGCACGACGCACAACCUGCACUCCGCUGCGCUGCAUGCUUCCGCUUCCGCGCCCCCACCACCCAGUAGCGCCGCCCUCCACUACUCUACGCUAAAAAACGUCAAAGCCGCUUGCUGAGGGGUGCUGAAAAGUUAUUCGGUGGACGCGCUGCGCAAGACGCUAAAGUGGACGUACGGUACCUCGCCCAUAGCCGGCAGAUGUAGCCGCACCACCACUACACACCUCUGCCACAUCGCUCCUCCGCCGCAUUCUCCGCCUGGCCCCGUCACGUCAGCCAUCGCUUGCUCCGGGAGGCUUGCAAUUAUCACAUCGCUUCGCGACGUUCUCUCCCCUUGUCCGCUUGUUUCCUCCUCCUCUUUCUGCUGCGCUUGACCCCUCUUUUCGUCCUCUUUUCUACCUGUCCCUCCCGAGAUUCUUCGGCCAUCUCUGCACUUCAUCGGCGCCAAACGCGAUUAGCAGAGCAUGAGCUCCAACAUUAUUCUAUGCGAGACGGGCUAUUACCGCUCCGCCUGCGUUGAAUGCCAGCGUAGAAAGCAAAAGUGUAAUCGAGAAUGGCCAUGUGACAGUUGCCGUCGCCGCAAGAUCCCAGAUGGGUGCCGGUAUAAUGACAUGAGCAUGACGGGUGACGGCACCGGCCAAGAUUUUCCUGAUGACAAGCCAGUCAUCCCGAAAGAAAAGCGACCGUCCCGUGCUGCAGGCGAUGGAAAGGAUGGCAACUAUGUGUUUGAGACCAUGGCUGAACGGGCGUAUGCCACUAUCGGCAUCGACGAAAAGUUAAAUAGUGACAAAGAUACAGCACGAGAAGAUAUAGUUAAACUAGAUUCUUCUCCCCAGCUUCAGAAAAUAUUGGACAUGCUGCCAGACCGGCGGACUGUCGACUCAAUUAUACACGUCUUUCUUACUGACGUCAAUUACCACUACUACAUUAUCCACCCAACCCAUUUUCUCAAGAGCUAUAAUCUCUGGUGGGAUAUGAGAGCGGCACAACGGCCGUUGUCUCUCCAGUAUACGCUCCUCCUAACCAUGCUUGUCGCUGGCACUCUGCAACACGUACCAGAACAUCUACAAGAAUCUGUUGGAACAGAGGUUGGCGAGAGCACAGAGACAUACUCGGAUAAGCUGCAUGAUGCCACGCGUGAGCUGGCUAGUGUUCUGCCUGCCAACCACUACCACAUCCUCAACGUACAGCGACUGCUGCACUCUUGUUACUGGUACAAAGCCGAAGCAAAGUUUGUUGAGGCAUGGCAUGUUCUCAGCCAAGCAAUUCUGGAGGCUCGAGAGCUCGGUAUUCACAUGGAGGCUCCUGAAGGAUCCAUUUCAGAUUAUGACAGAGAAAUCAAUCGCCGGCUCUGGUGUAUCUUGGACACUUGGGACUGGCAAAUAUCUUCUGGUCUUGCUCGCCCCAAGCUUAUUGAUCGACAGCAAUGUACCGCAGAGCUUCCUGACUUGACUUUGGAAGGCUAUGACCCUCCUCCUCUCUUGCAUAUGAAGCUGCAGUCAAGCCUUGUCCGAAAGCUUGCUGCUCGCUUCAAUGCCCCGAAAAACAUUAUUAGCCCAGAGGAUAUCCAAGAAUACAAGAAUAUGAUUGUCGACUGGGUAGCCCAGUUUCCCCCAGAGUACGACUUCUACAAGCCCGACGACUCGAGAGAUAUGGUGCACCCAUGGAUCGUUCCUCAUCGCUUCUACCUGUAUACCAUGGCUUGUAUUCUCAUCACCAACCCGAUAAGAGCCUACAUGGUCAAAGCCUAUACGUGGGAAUCUCCCCAAGAAGAUGUGGAAAUUCGGAAUGUCGGCGUAUAUUAUUCGCUGGUGCUGAUUGCAUCGUUGCGUAGAUGGGUAGACAUUAUUUCGAGCCGCGACGGCCGUUUACACUUCAUCAUCUUCUCCAUCUUUGAUACAGCGGCUAUGCUUUGCACUGCCAUGAUCAAGGAUGACGUCAAGACUUUGCCUCGCCGAGAGGAAAUCAUCACAGCUAUUGCCGACUCGAAUGUUAUGCUUACCAAGUUGAUGAGCGUCUCAAAAACGGCCAAGGUUUCUCGUGAUAUUUUGAAUCGUCUAAGUCGUAAGCUGCCUCAGGUAACCACUCACAGCCUCGCCCCAACCGAUGAUCGUCGCAAGAGAAAUAAGUUGGCAGCAACCUCACCAUCGGCACGCACUAAACGCAGUCCAAAUGCCUCUGUUUCGCCACAGCCAUUGACACCAUCCUCAGUUAAUAAACCCCCUGCAGUCCCACUGCAAACUUCAACAGCAAACAGUUCACGGCAGCCAACCCAACCUCUGAGUUCUGGAAGUACACCCCAGACAUACCUGGGCGGACCGCAGAACGGAAGAAUUUAUCCUGGCCCACCCCAGCAGCAACCUAUGAAUAGCUACGCCCCGUUGAACGCGGGAUUGCAAUCUGCUUCUCAAGGACCUCCAGUGAAUAUGCAACCCAUCUCUGGACCGCCCCAGUCAGCAGUACCAGCAAUGCAUAUGCACCUGCAAGUGCCAGGGCCAAAUCUCGGGCAGACACUUGUGCCUGAAGCGUUUAGCAGCGCAAUUGAAGGAGGUGUUCCUGCUGUUGCUACGAAUUGGUCUUCCACCACUGGUCCUCUCACUGUUGGAAGCACAGUUGGUGCACCGAUACACGGAAACGGCAUACCCAUGGUCGCAGUUGGCAACGGGUUUGUUCCGAUGAAUGGUGGACACAUCCCUGCGCAUCCCCAAGCACCCGGAAUCAUGGCACCACAUGGAGUGUACGCUUUCCCGACGCCUACAGAAGAUCCUGUUCCAGAUAUUGAUUUGUCAAACUUGACUGACUUGGAAGUGGGAGGUCUAGCGCCGCUUUGGAGCUGGCACUCGUCCAACUUGGACGGUAUUUACCUCGGGAAUGACGACACGCCUCCUGUCCAUCAUGGUACUUGAGCGAAGGAACUGUAGCAGUAGGUGCGUUGAUGUGGACGCAAGAUGUAAUGAUUUACUAUGAUAUAUGAGGUAUGGAACGGCGCAAUGCUUUCUUGGAUCAAACGGCCGUCUCAUGUGAUGAUAAAACAAAAGUUUAAUAAUACCAUUUACUUUUAUCCUGCUUGACGAUAUUAUAUGUGAAUAGUACCUUGUUCAAAGAACUGUUCGGCUCGCCGUCAUGUAUUCCUUGCCGUCCUUGACUACUCUAAAGCGCUCAGCCGUGGUAGUCUCUCGUGAAUAUUCGACAGCCAUCGACAGUGGCAGACGCAUUAGGCGUUUGAAAUCCACGUCAAUAGCAAAGGGGCCCGGUGGACUGGUUCCAAACUUUUGUACAAAACUGGCGAGCACAUGAUUCCCAUGUGCAAUCUUGCUUGGAAAGCCAAAUAGCUUGGCCAUGCCACUAGACAUGUGGAUAGGGUUAUAGUCUUUGCAUACGGCCGCCCAGUCAAAUGGCGCAUUGAAUUUCAGCUCAACCAUGUAUUUCUCGAUAUUCUUCCACCCAGACGCCACAUUCUCUGCUGCCUUUACCUCUGGCGCCUUGUACAGCGGCUUAUGCUUUGAAGGCAGGUAGGCAAGAAUCGUGGCAACCUGGCGAAAGACUUUGCCACGCUGGGAAUGGGUUGCAACAAAGACCACAUCGAGCUCAAUACCGCGCUUUACCCGUCGAGCCGGAUUCUCGUCGCCUCCAAGCGUAGCUGUGACAGUGUAGUGUCCUGCAGGCGGCUCCGUGUCGAGAAAUUCAAAGCGGUUCUUGGUGUUGACGCAGCCAAAGGGCAUGAUGGGGUUGUUCCGGUUGGUCAGCAUGAUAGACAUGAGAGGGUUUAUGAGCCCAGCAAGCAGAAGCGCGCGAUUGCCACCGCCGGGGACAGCGCGGUCAUAACGUUUGCGGUCUUCAUCGCCGACGUCAAUCUCCGAGGUGAUGGUGAGAUGCGGCAGAUCGAAUCCAGAUUCUGUGGAGCGAAGCUUGGGUACCGCGCCUAUCCACCGCAAGGGAUACUUGAAAGCAAUGAGGCAGAUGAUGAAGACGACAUCGGGGCCGGUGAGUCUCGACACUGGGAUGGUGAGGUUUGCGUGGCGGGCCGAGGUUGCUCGAAGGAUGGCGCGGGCGGGCGAUUGGAAGAGGAUGGCUAUCGAUAGGAAGAGAAAAGUUGCAGCCGCGAGCUCCCACGGAAUCUUUUGCAGCGACAUGUUGACAGCCAAUUGGUUGCAGUUGUGG